AUGAAAAAUCUGCAACUUAGUGUUCAGGAUGCGUUAUCAUUUGCAUUAUUUGGUUAUCGAGCUAGCAUUCAUUCUGCUACUGGUCAUUCCCCCGCGUUUCUAGUUUAUGGUCGAGACCCGAUUUCCCCCUACUCGCAAGACUAUCGGCUACACGGUGAUGGAUCUGUCGAUCGUCUCGUUGCCCUCAACGAAAUUCGCAUGGACAUUCUCUCAAAUCUAGAGGUGUUAUACAACUUCUCACGCAAACAAACUCCGGAUCUAAACGGAAAACUCGAACUUAACGAUCUAGUACUUGUUGCUCUGAACCCGAGUGAGAUUUACCACAACUCAGUUUUAAGUCGGAAUUCAGAAAAAUUGGUUCCUUGGUGGUCUUUGCCUUUCCGAGUAAUCCACAUUUCCAAUAAUGGUUUUCGGAUUUCGGUGCGAAGCCUACUCAAUUGGACCACCAAAACGGUGUCUCGAACACAAGUUAACAAAAUUAGCUUUCCAGAUGACCCAAAACUGAAAGAGGAUUGGAUCCAACAUCUCACCGCAGAGAUGUCGAGUACCUUGCAUCCGUCUUUGAACUUCAAGAGGCUUAUGACGAAGUUACAGCGCCCGCAGUUGAAGUUAGUUCGGCCUGAUUCUCUCAGUUUAGGAGAGGGAAACUAA